CGGAAGUGCGCUGCAGGGAAACCUGUCGAUGAUUUCCGUAGUCGAGGCAGGUCGGGUUUGUAGCUGUUUUUACUGUUCGCUGUGUAUGUGUGAUAGAUUCGGGGCUAAAACUCGGCUCUGUUCGCUGUUUACAUCGGACCCACGAAGGGAAACCGAAACCGGACUACCAGAACUGAACACUAACGGUAGAAAUGGAGUCUCAGGGCACAGACGAAGUGAAGGGGCCGGUUCUGCACAUCGUUGUGGUUGGAUUUCACCACAAGAAGGGCUGUCAGGUUGAGUUCUCGUACCCCCCACUGAUGCCAGACGAGGGUCACGACAGCAACCUAAUGCCAGAGGAGUGGAAGUACCUCCCGUUCUUGGCUCUGCCCGAUGGAGCCCACAACUACCAGGAAGACACUGUGUAUUUUCACCUGCCACCUCUCGAUGGAGACAUGAAGUGUGUCUAUGGCGUGUCCUGUUAUCGCCAAAUAGAAGCAAAGGCCCUGAAGGUCAGACAGGCCGACGUCACCAGAGAGACGGUUCAGAAGAGCGUCUGUGUCCUCAGUCGAGUGCCUCUCUACGGUUUACUUCAAGCUAAGCUGCAGCUCAUCACACACGCCUACUUUGAGGAGAAAGACUUCUCACAGAUCUCCAUCCUGAAGGAUCUCUUCGAGCACAUGAACGGCUCUCUCAGGGGCUCCGCGCUGGAGGGAUCACAGGUUUAUCUAGGUUUAUCACCACGAGAUCUCAUCCUACACUUUCAACACAAGGUUCUCAUCCUCUUCAAGCUCAUUCUGCUGGAGAAGAAGGUCUUGUUCUAUGUGUCUCCUGUAAACAGACUCGUGGGAGCCCUGAUGGCGGUUCUGUCACUUUUUCCAGGUAUGAUCGAACACGGCCUGGUGGAUUCAUCACACUACAAACCAAAGAGCAGCAUCUCGGACGAGUUGAGUCUGGUGGAGAGCGUCUCAGCAGCCGAGGAGUUCGUCACCGUGUCCGUCACUGACAUCGCCAACACCAACAUGGAUUUAAAGGGCGUGGAGGUGACCCAACCAGCUGCUGCAGAGUCUUUGUCCUCAAUGAACAGCCCGGAGGGGGACAGCAACCACCUCAAACCGCCCUCACGGACCUCACGAGAGUCCUCCGAGAGUGACUGGGAGACUCUGGAUCCCAGCGUGUUGGAGGAAGCCAGCCCCAAAGAAGCAGCCGGCGGUGGGUCGGAGCUGCCGGACGCCUUCGACUCUAAACCAGGAACGCCGAUCACAGUGCAGCCGCUGGGGGUCAGCGGUCAGGGCGGGGUCACCCAGGGCCUGGUGUCGGGUCUGGAAGAGGAUCAAUACGGCCUGCCGCUCGCCGUCUUCACUAAGGGUUACUUGUGCCUGCCUUAUAUGGCUCUGCAGCAGCAUCACCUCCUGUCAGACGUCACCGUUCGAGGCUUCGUUGCCGGGGCGACCAACAUCCUUUUCCGCCAGCAGAGGCACCUCAGUGACGCAAUCGUGGAAGUAGACGAAGCUCGGAUCCAGAUCCAGGACCCAGAGCUCCGAAAGAUCUUAAGCCUGACGACGGCUGACCUGCGCUUUGCAGAUUACCUGGUGAAACAUGUGACCGAGAACAGAGAUGACGUGUUUCUGGACGGGACGGGCUGGGAGGGAGGAGACGAGUGGAUCAGAGCUCAGUUCACGCUCUACCUUCACUCCUUACUCUCAUCUGCACUGCAGCAAGAUAAUGAGAGGCUGCUGGCGGAUUAUGGGGUACCGUUUAUUGGCGCGUGGAAAAACACUCACAACUUCCGGGUUUGGUUCAGUAACAAACAUCCUGGCAUGACAACAAUCACUCCAGGCCACCCUUUCCAGGGCCAGUACAGUGUAGCUGAUGUGAAACUACGACUCUCACAUUCGGUGCAGAACAGUGAGCGGGGGAAGAAGAUCGGAAACGCUAUGAUCACAACCAGCCGCAGUGUGGUGCAGACCGGGAAGGCAGUGGGUCAGUCAGUGGGUGGAGCCUUGACAAGUGCCAAGUCUGCUAUGUCCUCCUGGUUCUCCACGCUGGCUCCGCCUGCACCUUUAACUAGCUCCUCGAGUCCUCAACCUGCCUCUGAGGUGAAGCCAUGACAGUUGGUGUCAACAAACCUCCAGUGACUCUGUCUGUCUCCCAGCCCUCUGACUGUGAAGCCUUAGCACCAGAGUAAGGAUGCGAACAGACAAACAAUCACCUUUCCUCAAAUCCAAAUAGAAGUCCAAACCAUAAACCCCCGGCGGUCUCCAACCUUGAACUGGAGAUUCUGGGCUUUCUCCAGCAUCGUAUUGAUUGGAUGGAACUUCAGGCACGGAGGCCCAUAAUCACUGUGAGGUGGAUAAAAAAGAAAUGAAAACCCAAGAGGCUUUUUAACGUUUAACAGUUUCUCAAUGCUGCAGUUCAUAUUCCUGAUUACGAGAUACAAAGGCUGUGUUUGGGUUUGCUGUAUUCACUUUUGGCUCUGUAUUUUAUGAUUUCUCCAUAUUUUGCUGCUAAAUUAUUUAAAAUGCCUUGGUCACAGGGUUUUACAGAGGUAAGAGCCCCUGAACAUUUGGACAAAUUUGAUUUUAAAGUGAUUUUGGCUCUGGAUGUUCAUCAGUGUCUCUGUAGUAAUACUGUGGUUGUUUCAGUGGAAAAACUAUGUAAUGAAAUUUUGAUCACAGAAUAGUAACAAAAUCUUUGUAAUGUUUAUAAUAAAUUCAUUAUUUUACUAAAUUAACAUUUACAGAUAUAGCAGAAAUGUCACUGACAUUAGAAAAAAGACAGAAAUAUAGGUUUAUCAACAAGUAUGUUAGUAAAAUUUGAUUAAAAUAUAUAAUUUUUAUUUAGACAAACUCAAAUAUUAACACAUUUCUAUUUUUUGUGUCAAAAUAGUUUAUAAGAUUGGAGCGUUAGAUUUACAUAGUUUAGAUUUACAUAUACAUUCACAUUUUUACAAAGCAAUAACCAUAUUUUACUCCUAAAGCGGUUGCGGUAUGUUAAAAUGAAAUACUGGAAACACUACAUCACAUACGUUUACCAAAAACUCCUUGUAGUGUACUUUUUAAAUACUAUAAUGCGAAAAACAAGUCUUUUUUUUUUUUUUUUUUUUUACUUUUUAGCUACAUAAGCUAGUUUAGUUAACAUUAGCUUGUUUGCUAAAAUGCUAAAUGCCUUAGCCAUCUUAUUUAAAAAAAAAUCCCAAUUAUUAACUUUAUUAUUAACUACUUUAAUCUUUAUUUAAAUCAGUCUUAACUGGUUUGUGGUAAGUACAUUUCAAGCUUUUCACAUUAUUUAAAAUCUUGAAAGUUUUGUUUAUUUUUAACAAGUGUUAGCUUCACCAAGGUUGCUACCUAGCAAAAACUGACACAACAGCUUCGCAGAACAUAAAAAAGAUAGUUUAAGUACUGGAAAACAGUUUUUUGUGACAAAAACAUUCAAAAGCCAUCCUAAUUAAAAAAUAUAUUUAAUAACUGAAGUAAAAUAUUUCAUUUAAGUUUAAAUUUUUAUGUCAAAAAACUGUAAAAUGCCAGAUUUAACACCAGUUUCCACUUCAUGCAGUGCAAAAUAAAUAAUUUUUGCUUAUUUUGUUACUAAUUGAAAGAGAAUAAUUAUAAUCAGUAGUACUUUGGAACACACCUGACAACCACAGGAAUCUUUUAUUUAAUUAUAUCAUACAUAAAGUCCAUUUUGAUGACCAUUUGUCAGGCUUUUGGAGAGACCUUUAUAUACACUACACUGUUAUCACCACUAUUGAUCAUACUGAUAACGCAGUCUGUAUGGUUGCAACAAAUUGUUUAUUAUUUAGCUGUUCCUGUAGAGUUUAAAAUAUAUUUGCUAAAAAGUGUUUUACCACAACUGGAUCAGAUCAUUGAACAUGUAGAUUUUGAUGUUUUUAGUUGUAUUUUUUGACCUGCGAUCACUUUGACAUUUUUCCUGAACCUUAUAUUUAAAAUAACAUUUGUGUAUUUUUUUAUCUAUAAUAUUUCUCACUUUACAAAGAUAAGUCAUAGUGAAGGAAAUUUACUUGUGGAUCAAUUAUUUAAACAAUAUUUUUUUAUCUUUUAAAAGCAUGCUAAAUUAAAAAUACAAACAUAAAACAUUUUAUUAAAGGUUUUAUUUGAUAAAUGUUGCUGCCUUAAUGGGUUAAAUAGACUUCUUUUUGGCUGCAAAACAUACAAAAAUUUAACACUGAUGCUGAAACAACCAUAGUGCUGCUAUAGAAAUCCUUGUGAACAGAAGUUAGUCGCCUUUGAGUGAGAAGCAUCCUCUGAUUAUAAAGGAACCUCUAAAGUUUUGGUUUGCAGGCUUUUAGUAACCUUUCCCAGACCUUUUUCUACUUUUAAAUAAAUAUAUAUUUGGAAAACUAUAUUUACUGAGACCUAAAAUAGCCUGAAGACAGAUGACUUAUUUAUUUGUUGUGUAGCAUGUUUUAUCAAAAGAAAAAUAUCCAUGUUGUCUGAUUAAAACACUGGAACAAAUGGACCACUGUGCUUAUUUGCACAAAUCAGACAUUAUACUCUCUCUCUGUGGAUCCUUACCUUGUGUAACUGUAUGUUCGGAGGUGCUUACCGGAUCUGUUUCCUCCAUGCUGCAAACAUAUAACAGUUGUUUCAUUAAAAGUGGUCCAGUGAGCAUGUUUUCCAGAUAGAUGUACGAUUUUAAACGUCCACUCUUCCGAGUCUUAUGGAUUAUUUGUGCUGUUUAAGAAUUCUUUUUUUUUUUAUCUUCUGAUAUAUUUUCGUUUUGUAUUUAAACCAAAUGAAUGUAUUGUAAGCUCAAAUACACAAAAUAUUUUACUGUAUUGGAGAAGGAAGUGAUAAACCAUGUUGCUGUAUUAGAAAUAAAUAAAAGUUGCACUUUUA